GCGCCCCGCCCCCCGCCCGCAGUCCCCGGAUGUAGGUGACGCGCGGCCGCCAUCUUCCCGUCCGGGCAGCCAACGCCAGUCGGAGGUAGCGCGAGCCGCAGCCGCCGGCGCCGCCAUCACUGCCGCUGCCAAGUCGUCCGCCCGCCGGCCCCGCCAUGUCAGCUACAGCUGCCACCGCCCCCCCUGCCGCUCCUGCCGGGGAGGGCGGCCCCCCUGCGCCCCCUCCGAACCUCACCAGUAAUAGGAGACUGCAGCAGACUCAGGCGCAGGUGGAUGAGGUGGUGGACAUCAUGAGGGUGAACGUGGACAAGGUCCUGGAACGGGACCAGAAGCUGUCAGAGCUGGAUGAUCGCGCCGAUGCUCUCCAGGCAGGGGCCUCCCAGUUUGAAACAAGUGCAGCCAAGCUCAAGCGCAAAUACUGGUGGAAAAACCUCAAGAUGAUGAUCAUCUUGGGAGUGAUUUGCGCCAUCAUCCUCAUCAUCAUCAUCGUUUACUUCAGCUCUUAAACCCCUGAGGAUCCUGCCCUGCCCAGAGAAGGGCCUCUCCCCCCAUCCCAAGCCGCUCCUCCACCUCUCAGCCAUAUCUUCCAAUCCUUCCCCUCCGGAUCCGUGUGUGUGUGUGUCCGUGUGUGUGCCCCCCUGUAAAUAGCCAGCUGUUAUUUAUACAUAUAUAAUAUAUAUAUUUGGUCUGUUUGUAGUUUUAUUACUAGAAGAUUUUUCCGGUUGUCCUUAAUACCCCUUCCUGAGGUUCCCAUCACGAUCUUUCUCUUCCUUCCUCCCCUUUCCCUCUUUUCUUGCCCAGAAUUCCCUUCAUUUGCAUCUGCUAUGCAAUAGUCCCCCUUUCUCUCCCUUCUGAUUUAACUGACCCUUCCUCCCACCCUGGCUUUCCCAUACCCGUACCUCAAUCCCCUACAAGAUCAAAGACAAAAAACAACUGUCCAGGCCUGUCUAGGUGCAUCGCUGCAUCACUGGAAGGCUCUGAGACUGGCCCACUGGUCCUAAGAAUCCCAAGGUAUUUUGGGAGCUUCCAGCUUGUUAAUUAGCAUUCAUUUUGCAUUCUACCAUACUCUUUAAAAAAUUUUUUGUCCUGUCUUUUCAUUCUUUCAGUUUGUGUUUUUUUUUUUUUUUCCUGCACUGGAGUAUCCAUUGGUUCUUGUUUCACACUUUGAUUUGCAUGACAUUACUUGGAGGUGGUGGGGACAAGAUUUUGGGGAGUCAGCUAUUCUUGCCCCUUCUAUGGUCUCUAGUCCAGUUUGCUUCCCUUACCCCCAUUUUCCAAACCUCUUGUGACCUCCUCACCCUCUCCCCAGCUGGUGUGUAAGUGUCUUGGAGUUCAGUGUGUUAUGAUGGACCAAUAAUUCUGCCACUUGGAAUCUCUUACCCACAUUCCUGCUCCCCAGUUUUCAUGUGGGGCACUCAACUGACAUUCCCAUGGGGUCUCCCUCUCUCCCAUCUGCCUAGUUUGCCUCCUCCUCCCAUCAGAGUUGUGGGGGUUGGCCACAAUCUGAUCUCUCUUGGGAGAGGUGGCUACCAGUGUGUGUGGGGUCAUCACUGCCUUGGGGAGGGGCAGGGCAGAGCAGAGAAGCCCUCCAGUUUCUGCCUGAAAACCCCUCUGACCUAUCCCUGCUGGGGAAUUGGACUGUAAACCCUACUCCCCAAUUUGGGGGGUAUUGCCCCCAUCACUGCCCAGCUCCUCUGACUGCCCCCUUGAAUUCUGGGGGGUACUAGUCACUGCCAAUGUGUGUUUAGGACUUGCUGGAAGAUGAGGAUGCUUGCCUUCUCUCUAGGGCUGUGGAACCCAGAGAGAGCUGUCUCCUUAGGUAUAGUGAUAGAGGAAGGAUAUAAUGUAUUUUUCAAUGGCACAAUUUUAGGGGUCUGAGGGUGCAGUUCCUUAACCUACCACUGGAGGGGGAUCCCCUAAAUUAUUAUUCUUCCCCUCACACUCAAGGUUUCUGUGUGGAGGGGAGCAGGAAGAGCUAAGCUGUGGUGUUAAGGGGUGGGGAGAGAUGCUGGGGGUGGGGGUGCUGUGUUCUAGACCCCCCCAUAUGAUCCCAGUGUCCCCUACCCGCCUUCCCUCACCCCACGCCCCCAAUUCUGUGGCGCAUCCAGAUUGUGAAAAUGUACAAUAAAUGUGUAAUGAGUAAUAAA